AUGAAAGACAAUACAUGUACUGCAAAAGAGCAAUACUGGACUCGUGAUGCACGAGCAGCUGUCGCGGGGCAGGCCUCCCACUACAUGGGCGGUCCACAUUGGCCGCGUGGGGAGGCGUGUGUACAGUGUAAGCACUCCAAAUCCUUCACAAAAGCCUCCGCUCUCGGGAACCUCGGUGUUUGCUUGCGUUCCUUUCGCCCCAGUGAAGCUGCUACCGCCUCAAGAGCAAGACUGGAUGCAAAGUGGAUAAAGCCAUCGCACAGCUUUGCAGUUCUCAUUUUUCUGCAGGCCAUAGAGGCAGUCUUGCUUGGGCCAGAGGGCAAUCCAACGGCUUCCAGAGAUCCCAUCAUGGAGGUUGUGACGCAAAGCCCUCAGGAAGCUCUCACCUUUAUCAAGUGGGUGGCUGUUUUCACAGCCUUACAGGUGCCUCAGUUACCGGUCCGCUAUUUGUUCUUCUGCCAUCUCAGCAGCUGCCCCAGAGACAGGCGUAGCAUCCUCAAUACGGUGCAGCGCAUGACAAGUGGCUUAGGCUGGCGAUGCUCAAAAGCCCUCAGCAUCCUGUCUUACGGAUGGUUCAUUCUCGGCGUAGUUUGGAUAUUCAACUCGCAGUCAUGCAGUGAAGCUCCUGGCCUGUGGCGCAUCACUGUCACAGCGAUUGUGGUAAGCAUGGUGCGACUUGCUGCAACGUUCGUCUGUUUCUGGAUCUCACUGCCUCCCGCUGCAACGGCAGCUGCGGCAGAAGCAGCAGGGGGAGCAGCAGCUGCGGGCAGCCUCUGGCGUCGGGGAGCCUCUCUAGAGGAGAUCCAGGCACUGCCUCUUGUCACAUAUGCCGACAAGCUGCAGCAGCACCAAGAGCAGCAGAAUGAGGAACAGCCCGAGGAACGCUGUCUGCGAGAGCGGCAGCCAAGGCAUCCGGAGCACGACUGGAGCAGCACCGAGUAA